AUGACUAGACAAAGGCCUCAACGAAAGACUUGGUGUCCCUAUUGUAGAAAAGGAAACCAUGAUAAACAAAUCGUGGAAGUUCAGGAAAUGGUUGAUGAAACCAUAAGAGACCGUAGUCUUUAUGACCCACAAGCCCUAGCAUAUUUUUUUAAAAUAUUAACAGAUGUUAGCCAAGAUAACAACCCCGAUGGCGAUGACGAAGGAGAAGAUAAUAUUGUGCACCUGCCCUCGUAUAUCCAAUUGAAUCCACCUCUAGUACCUUUUGUAGUUCCCGUCCCGAAAGUUCUCCCGAAGUCUCGACAACCAAGACCCACUGUAACUGAAAUAUUCAACGUCUACUAUGACAAAUCCGCAGAAGAACCCCUUGAAAGUAUUGCCUUCGGCUCUAAAGAAGAAGAACGAGAAACCGAAUUGGAAGUUUUUCUUCAAAAUCUCGUCGCCGAAUAUGAAGCUGUGACAAAGAAAAAAGCUGAAAAAAAAAAUAACGACUUACCCAACGAUCGCAUAAAGGUUGCUAGAAUAGGAGGCACCGAAGAAACAUACCCAGUUGGACCUUACUGUGAAGAAGUUGGAGUUAAGGAGGUUAAAGAAAAGAAAGAAAUCGAAGUCGAAAAGAAAGAGGCUGGAGUUGAAAAGGACGAAGAAAAAAAAGUUGAAGUUAAAAGAGAAGAAAAGGAAGAAACUAAAGAAGAAAAAAGAGAAAAGUAUGAGGAAAACGUACUCGCGAGAAUCGGAAAAAUCGUAGAUGAAACCGAAGAUGAAGACGACAACAACGAAGCUGACGAAGAUGAAGAAGAUAACGAUGACGACAAUGAGACGAUUGUAGACGAAGAAGACGAUGAAAAGAAAGAAGACAUAGAAGAACUUACCAAAAAAAGUAAAGACCUAGAUUACGCCUGCAAAUCGUGGAUAAAGAAAGUUGAAGGAUUUAGAAACGGCAAUUCGAAAGAACAAUUCGAUCCUGGUGGGUUUGACCGAAGCGGAAUAAUAGUGGAAAAGGAUUUGAAAAAAGCUAAUGAAAAGUGGAAGAAAAAAGUUAGAGUAUUUUUAGACGAGAACGAGGGUGAUUUCGAUGAAAAUAAGAGGGAAGAAUUCGUACCACCUCGAGUCUUGACAUUCGACGCUGCCCCUAGUCAAGUCGUAGAAGUUAGAAGUUUAAUCAUGUUGGAUGAAAUCGUUAAUAACAUCACUUGGUCUGAACCUAUUGAAAUAACCCCGAUGCCGCCACCCUACAAUGACUCACAUGAUCUGGCGAACCGUGUAUCUUUGACAUGUCCACUACUUACUCGAUCUAUUCGGUUAUGGGAAAGAAUCAACAUCUUGGUAUACUCCUACUACUUGGAAACGAUUUUUGCAAGAGUGACUCCAGUACAGAAGAGGUUACUUCAUGAAAUGGUUACACCCUACUAUUACACCGUCACUCUUAAGAUUUAUGAUAUCUUCGUAGUUGUCAGAAUGGACCAAAUAUAUCGCACUACGAGAGUAAUCUACCAGGAUCUUAGAGUUUUAAGCAUUGACGACAUAAAGCGA